GGGAGAGGGAGGGUGGGGGUCAGGUCCUGUGAAAACAGGUGUUGAUAAUUGCUGAAUCUGAGUGAUGGAGACAGGAAUUCAUUUUAUUAUUUUGUCUACUUUUGUGUAUACUGGAUAUAUUCCAUAAUUUAAAAAAAUUAAGUCUAUAUAUCAAAAACUGGAUUCUUACUGCUAUAUGUGCCAUAACUGUUUGACUAAACCUAGGGUCUUUUUACCUGGAGCUUUUUUUUAAUUCACAGAUUGUUUCCUUUUUGUUAUUGAGGUAUUUACUUCCAUGAUAAAACUAAAUAUAUGACCAGAAAACCUUUAUUAUUAAAAAAAAAAUUUAAAUACAAAAUAUAUGUAGUCAGUAUGAAACAUGAUUUGAGAUUUCAUUAUUUUCUCCAUCUCCAUUUUUUUUUUUAAAAAAACAAGGCUUUUCUAUGUAUUUGUUAAAAAUUCUUCCAAUUAGAUAAAAACUUAAGUGAUUAUAGGUUUGUGAGAAUUUGGAAGAGAACCUCUACCAAGCAUCUAAGGCUAAAUUUUCAUUCAUGAUUUGUUCUAAAAGCUUUCUACUCAAGUGUCCUCCAGGUUCAGAUCAUGAGAGCUAGACAGUUUGACCAGUGGAGGUAGGUGGGAAUUUGGGGUUUCACGUAUUUGGGUUGCUUUGUAAAAUGGGGUGUUAAAACUGAUUCCACUAAAUACUUCUGAGUAACCAAUCAAUUCACUUCCUUGCUGCUGUUUGACAUUCUCACAGUGACCAUCUUUCCACCAUAGAAAAGGACACAAAUGGAGAAGUUCUGUGGGUGUGGUGUUAUCCUUCCACGACAGCCGCACGAAGGACCCUGCUGCUGAGAAAGUGCUGCCUUACAGAUGAAAACAAGCUUCUCCAUCCCUUUGUCUUUGGCCAGCACCGAAGAACGUGGUUUUAUAUCACAACAGUUGAAGUUCCAGAUUCUUCAGUUUUGAAAAAGAAUGUACCUGAAACAUGGGAGCCCAGUUAAAAUGAUGGAGAGUUACAUUGCAGUUCUGACAAAGGGGAUAUGCCAGAGUGAAGAGAAUGGCUCGUUCCUUAGCAAGGACUUUGAUGCCCGAAAGGCAUACCUUGCAGGCUCCAUCAAAGAUAUUGUAUCUCAGUUUGGAAUGGAAACUGUUAUCUUAUACACAGCACUGAUGCUAAAGAAAAGAAUUGUCGUCUAUCAUCCAAGAAUAGAAGCUGUCCAGGAGUUUACCAGGACACUGCCUGCCCUGGUGUGGCAUCGUCAGGACUGGACCACUCUUCAUUCUUACGUGCACCUCAGCGGUGAUGAGCUGGAAGCCCUGCAGAUGUGCACAGGUUACAUCGCUGGAUUUGUAGACUUGGAGGUGAGCAAUAGACCAGACCUCUAUGAUGUUUUUGUGAAUCUGGCAGAUAGUGAGAUCACCAUUGCGCCGCUUGCAAAAGAGACCAUGACAAUGGGGAAACUGCACAAAGAAAUCGGUCAGCUAAUUGUCCAGUCUGCAGAAGACCCUGAGAAGUCAGAGAGCCAGGUUAUUAAGGACAUUUCCCUGAAAACAAGAGAGCUCUUAACCAACCUAGCGUCAUUUGCAGAAGUUUCAGACGGUGGACAAAGGCCAGCACUCAGCUUGGAAACACUAAAGCAGAAACGGUUUCCACCAGCCACAGAAAACUUCCUUUAUCAUCUAGCGGCAGCUGAACACAUGCUGAAAAUCUGACUUUGUGGGCGGAUCUAAAGCUCCCCUUUCACUAUGAUUAUCCACUCAACAUGUAAAAUACUAAAAAUAACAAAAAAUGUUAUAUUUUUAAUGAUUUAUUAGAAAGUAUUGAAAUUUGAUGUGAAAAACAUUGGAACACAUAUGGAAACACGUCUGAUGAGUUUUAUGCCUCCCGUCAGUGCUGGACAAAGUGCUGUCUCUACUGUAGACAACGCCGAACGGCCGACAUCCUGGAAUACAAGGAACGCUCUGCCCAGCUCCCCUGCAAGUCCCAGCAGAUCCGCCCGCCUUCGUCAUUCUAAGUUCCCGUCUGUCUCACUGUCUAGCCGCAAACUAACGGGUUAUUUUCAGAAAGCUCCCUGAAAUUUUGUUUUGUAUUCUUCUAGGAAGAACUUCAAUUCCUCAUGAGGAACUCUACUUUUUAAGCCAAACUACUAACUUUUCUGCACAGCUGUCUAAACGAUCAUUCAAAAGACCCUGCAGUUGCACUUUGUUGUAAAAGAAAAAAAAAUUUUUUUUUUUUGGCCUUUGAACAUUUUGCCUAUGGGGGUUUUGCGUAGAUUUUAUACUUGCGUAGACAACUUUAAUAAUCCAUAUUUAUACUGUCUCAGAGGUAAACUUAAGCCAUUAAUACUAUUCAGUUAGCCCUGUUGCUAGCAAUAUUAUGAAAAAGAUGCCAGUCCUUAUAUUUUAACCCAUUGCCAUCGAGUUGAUUCUCACGUAUAGCGACCCUAUAGGACAGAGUAGAACUGCCCCAUAGGGUUUUCAAGGAGCAGCUGGUGGAUUCGAACUGCCAAUAUUUGGUUAGCAGCCGUAGCUCUUGACCACUGCGCCAGCAGAGUAAAAUAAGAAGCUGGUUUUGAAUAUAACUGUAUGACCGGAACAGUGACUGUAUAUGGUUGGGAAGAGACUCAGAAUGAACGUCUUGCAGGGGCCCAGACGAACAACUUCAAACAACUUCAGUAAAAACGAUUCGGCUACGUGUGAAGGGACCUGUGUUCAGUACAUACCUUUUUCAUAAUGAGAGACCUUAAAAUUAUCAAAUAAGCAUGGAGGUCUAAAUUAUGUACUUGUUAUUUUUUGUAUUUGUAUUAAUCAUGAAAUAUUGUUUUUCACUCCAGUUAACACUGAUGUCCUUAGAAAUCUUACCCAGAAAAACGUUUGCAAAAAAACUUGUUGGUAUCAGAUCUUUAUUCUUAGUGUUGGACAUUUAUUAAGCAAAAAUAAAAAAUAGCCUUUUCUCCUCCUUCCUUGGGUGGGGACAGGAGGAGAUGGGAAAUGAGAUGUUUACUGAGGCAAACAAUUGAAUAUUAAAUCUGCACUU